UCUACACCGACAUAUGGAAGUCACAGCUCUCUACGAAGACGCCUUUGACAAGCAUCUCCGAUCUCAGGCGUAUGUCUAUCGCACCCAACCGUCGUUUCGAGUGGCGCCAACCCUUGCUCUGGACGGCGUCGACGGUCCCCUCGCACACCCGUGGACAUCGACACAAGAGCAGCAGCUCACGGCGAUGUACACCAAGAAGGUUCCUGCGGACAAGCUCUCGAUCCUCAACGCGGUGAAAUGGAGCAAGUACCUCAAGCAAACCGCUCUUCCGGCCCUGCAGCGAUCGCUCUACGUCAACUGCGAUGUCUGUAUCGUCUUGUCGCAUCUCUGCGUCGACUCUGCCGAGACGACGCUGGCGCCGACGCCCGAGAUCCCGCAUGUCGUCGGGACGCUUCUCGUCUCUUUGCCGUCAACGUACGAGGGUGGUGAGCUGACGUUCACCAACGGCACCGACACGCAGACUCUUCUCAUGGAGCCCAAUUUUCGGCCGGGUUGGGCUCCGAAAGAGCACUGCAUUCUCUUGGAUUGGUACUUUGACAGUGUGCUGCCGACCCGCCCCAACGACAACUACCUCGGCAAGUGGCUACCGGCGUCGCUGCUCUUGGUUGUCGACAGCUUUGUGUAUUCGCGCGUCGCCGGCUGGCCCUUGGAGCUCUUUGAGGCUCCAACGCGAAGGAACCGGCUCCAGGAUCUUCCCGAGGCCUUACUGGCGGCCAUCGAGUGCCAACCAUCGCUCCACCAAGCUCCGUACAUUGCCGCAAUCACCGCAGCUUUGGCGAACUACCUCGAGGUCGCCAACGGCGUCGACGCGACGCUUCUCUCAACGUGUCCAGCCUUGUCCCAUAACGCUCACGACGUCAUACUUGGCAUCUUCAUGUUCGCCGAGCGCAUGCCUCUACCGGUCGCAACGGCGGCGCUCGUGGCAAGCUUUCUGCUCGGCUUGACGCCAACAGUCCAGUGGGAGCGAUGCAAAAGCUUGAGCAAGAAGCUUCCGUCCGUGCACACGUUGGCCGUCUUUCUCAGUGCCCUUGCGAUUCUGUCGCCCGAAGCGGCGCUGCAGGGCGCGGUCAAGUGGCGCUCGGUGCUACCCCAGACACUCGACACCUCCCACGACGAGCGCUACCGCGCGCUGCUCGUGUACUUGGCCACCGAGUGCCGGGCAGCUUUGGUCGGCGGCGGCGCGCUCCCGCCAUUGAACGACGCUGCUGUCGCUGACAUGGACAUCGACGCGACGCACUGUGACCAGUGCGCUGCCUUUGCGUCCCACCUUCGUGCACGCACCGAGACCGAGAGGCUCCACGCGUUCGUCCUCUGCGGCGUGAUCGACGAGAUUGCAGCGCGUCACCCGCAGGAGCUCACACUCGAGUUGGACGACGACGGCUACAUUGUGCAUUUUAGGCGGCGAAAGCCACCUGUUAAUCCAGCAGCAAACGUGCGUCACGAAGCCGGACCUCGCACCACGAGCGUCGGUACGUACCCUCUCACAGGUGGGAGCCCGUGGCCGACCUUUUCCUGCGGUUAG